AUGUUAUUAAGACGGGUCGUUAAUAGCGUCGUCCAGGUCAGAGCAAUUAGUGAUCAGAUGACCCCGGAAAAAUAUGAAAGAAUUUUUUCGGUCUAUUCUUUAUGGAAAAGGUACAAUUUUCGAUAUGGAUUCGCCGAAAAUCCAGAUCAUAAACAAGUCCGGAUAACGAGAUCAGAUAGAAACAUCGAAUUUUAUCAUAGACUUUCGCUUAUGGAGGGGUGCCCUCGUGUAGUAUUGGAUCGACCAGAAGGAACUAUUCGAAAGCUGAAGGAGAAUGUGAAGGGUUACAUGAGAAAUGCAUUUGUUCGUGGGUUGGGACUCCAGGAAGAUAAAGAGGAUUUUCUGGCACUAUGCAACUCAGCAUUUUUUGAAGUUCUGAGAGCAGUUAGAGAAGAAGACUUCUCGAAACUUGCGGAGGUGACUCUUGGCGGAAACGAAACACUGCAGUUUCAUCGAUCGGCAGCUUAUAAACUCAACAAACUUCAGAAAGAAUCACUAGAUAUCACCGAAGACGAUUUGCUUGGAGAUAAUGGACAUAUAAUCAGGCUACCAUUUUUGAAAGAGGAAAUGGGACCUUACAUUCACUCGAUGGAUUUCACGAAUGUCGAUGCCGUCGGAAAGACACACUCUAAAAGUGGUGAAAAUCAAGGCGACAAAGUAUUCUGCAGAUACAAAAUAAUUAUGGGCGGAGUUUACAAAUUCGAUGCUCUCCGAAAAGACCUCAGAAAAGAAAACAUUUGGGAGAAUAAGAUUGUAACUCCAAAGGAUUAUGUCUUCAAGUCUCCACGUUACACACUCGUCGAGUUGGAUAUCUGUCAAGAAGCGCACAAUCAGAUGCCGAUUAAGUUGGAUUCGAAUCGCGACCUUUAUGAUUUUCAUGUUUAUUCUUUCUGA